GCAGCGGCAGCCUGGGUGGUCCCCCUCUCUCUCCACUUUGGUGAGCUGUUGCUUAGCAGCUAAUAAUAGGCGAUGUUUGCAAAGUAAUUUGCCUCUUCCUUGACCAAUGGGAGCCGGAGCACUUUUCCAUCAAACCUCCCUUUUCAGGAUUUGCCGAGAGGCGAACUUCUCCAAAUGUUACCGCUACGGGAUCGGAGUUAGACUUGACACGGACGGCUCAGACAUAGGCUACUACUACUACUACUACUACUACUACUACUACUCCUCUCUGAGACGUCGUUUCAUAAACCAUCGGGACGAAUGAAGACUGAAGGAUCUAUACGGAUUUCGGCGCAUAAUGUUGGGAUGGAGUUUCGAGACUUGUUUGGCUCCAAGGAAGACUAGAAACCCUUCCUCUAACUUGUCGCCGGCGGUGCUGGAUGCGCUCCUCUUCUAUGUUGGAUUAUUGUCGCUUUUUCUGAACUUGCACCGAUUCCCUGUCGCUUUGCUCUGCGCCCUGUUUACCCUUUUUGGACUAUGGCCUCGGAUCGCGGGGUCCCAGGGCCCGGCGUCUAUGGAGAUUUACCCCCGAGUUAUACGCGCUCCCAGCCGCCUGCGAACCCAGACCUACUCCGGAGACCCAGCUACUGCCACGCUGCUUUCGCACUUAAACAGAUCUCAAAGGGGAAGGCGGUAGGUCAGAAAGCUCCUCUCUGGAUCCGGGCGAGGUUCCAGGCCCUCCUGUUCUCUCUGGGUUGCCACAUCCAGAGGCACUGUGGAAAGGUCCUCUUUAUUGGACUCUUACUAUUUGGGGCUCUGUCUGUGGGACUCCGAGUUGCAGCCAUCGAAACGGACAUCGAACAGCUAUGGGUGGAAGCUGGUAGUCGGGUGAGCACAGAGCUUCGCUACACCAGGGAGAAGCAGGGAGAGGAGUCAGUAUUUACCUCACAGAUGCUCAUCCAGACCCCCAAAGAAGAGGGCACCAAUAUUCUUAGCCAGGAGGCUUUGCUGGUUCACAUGGAAGCCGCCCUGUCAGCCAGCAAGGUCCAGGUGUCACUGUUUGGAAAAUCAUGGGAUCUUAACAAAAUAUGCUAUAAAUCAGGAGUCCCUAUUAUAGAAAAUGUCAUGAUUGAAAGGAUGAUUGACAAGCUAUUCCCCUGUAUGAUAAUCACCCCAUUGGACUGUUUUUGGGAAGGGGCCAAACUACAAGGAGGCUCCGCCUAUUUACCGGGUAUGCCAGAUAUCCAGUGGAUGAAUCUAGAUCCAGUCAAGCUGAUGGAGGAACUGAGUCAGUUCACUUCACUAGAAGGAUUUAAGGAGAUGUUGGACAAAGCCCAGGUGGGACAUGCCUACAUGAACAGGCCAUGUCUAGACCCGUCAGACCCUGACUGCCCUCUCAGUGCACCCAACAAGGAGCAAGGAGAGAGUCCUGACAUUGCUGGGCGUCUCCAGGGUGGUUGCCACGGUUUUAGCCGGAAGUUUAUGCACUGGCAGGAGGAGCUGAUCCUGGGAGGGCGGGUCAAGAACAGCCAGGAUACUCUGCUGAGUGCGGAGGCUCUCCAAACCAUGUUCCUGUUGAUGAGUCCUAAGCAGCUGUACGAGCACUUUAAAGACGACUACGAGAUCCACGACAUAAACUGGAAUGAGGAAAAGGCUACCGCCAUCCUCGAGUCCUGGCAGAGGAAGUUUGUGGAGGUGGUCCACCAGAGUGUCCCAGAUAACUCCAGCCAGUCCAUCCACGCUUUCUCCACCACCACCCUCAAUGACAUCAUGAAAUCCUUCUCAGAUGUCAGCGUUAUCAGGGUGGCCGGCGGAUACCUGCUCAUGCUGGCCUAUGCCUGUGUGACCAUGCUAAGGUGGGACUGUGCAAAAUCCCAGGGGGCCGUCGGGCUUGCCGGAGUGUUGUUAGUGGCUCUGUCGGUGGCUGCAGGACUGGGUCUCUGCUCCCUGCUCGGACUCUCCUUCAAUGCUGCCACCACACAGGUGCUUCCCUUCCUGGCACUAGGCAUUGGUGUGGAUGACAUGUUUCUGUUGGCUCAUUCCUUCACAGAGGCUGGAAGUAACAUCCCCUUUAAGGAGCGGACAGGAGACUGCUUGCGUCGCACCGGCACCAGUGUGGCUCUGACUUCCAUCAACAACAUGAUUGCGUUCUUCAUGGCCGCUCUCGUACCCAUUCCUGCCUUGCGAGCUUUCUCUUUGCAGGCGGCCAUUGUGGUUGUGUUUAACUUCGCCAUGGUGCUGCUCAUCUUCCCUGCCAUCCUCAGUUUGGACCUCCACCGGCGCGAGGACAAGCGCUUGGAUAUCCUAUGCUGCCUGUACAGCCCCUGCUCUGACCGUGUCAUCCACCUCUCUCCGCACGAGCUGUCAGAUGCUGGAGAGCAGCCACACACGCCCACGACGGCAACAGCUCACACUCACCAGUACACGGCAGGAUCGACAAUCACAACCAGCACCCAAAUCACCACCACGGUGCAGGCAUUCACACAGUGCGACGCAGCGGGCCAGCAUAUCGUCACCAUCCUACCACCUACCUCACAGAUCUCCACCAGCCCGCCAUCUAUCAUUGUCUGCCCCACCUCACAGCCUCAAGCUAUCACACCUUCCCCUACCACCACCUCUGUGCCGGACCCCUACGGCUCCCAGCUCUUCACACCCACCUCCAGCUCCACUCGGGACCUCCUAGCCCAAGUAGAGGAUUCCAAAUCGGGAAAGAAGUGCGUCCCGCUCCCUUUCCUGCACUGGAACCUGUCCAGCUUUGCCAGGGAGAAAUACGCCCCUCUGCUCCUCAAGCCCAAAAGCAAAGCCAUCGUGGUGGUUCUCUUUCUGGGUCUCCUGGGGCUCAGCUUGUAUGGGACCACCAUGGUGCACGAUGGCCUCUACCUAACUGACAUCGUGCCACGCGACACCAAGGAGUACGAUUUCAUCGACGCCCAGUUCAAGUAUUUCUCCUUCUACAACAUGUACCUGGUGACCAUGGAUGGAUUUGAUUACGCCCGGUCACAGAGGCUGCUGAUCCAGCUGCACAACGCCUUCAACUCUGUUAAAUACGUGGUCAGAGACAGUGACAACAAACUGCCCCGCAUGUGGCUGCACUACUUCCAGGACUGGCUCAGAGGUCUUCAAUCGGCUUUUGAUGCUGACUGGCAGGCAGGCAGGAUUACCUCUGACAGCUAUCGUAACGGCACAGAGGACGGAGCUCUGGCAUACAAGCUUCUCAUCCAGACCGGCUCCAAGAAAGAGCCUUUCAACUACAGCCAGCUGACUUCUCGCCGGUUGGUGGAUGCAGAGGGUUUGAUCCCCCCAGAGGUUUUUUACAUUUACCUGACAGUCUGGGUCAGCAACGAUCCUCUGGGCUAUGCUGCCUCUCAGGCCAACUUCUACCCCCAUCCAAGAGAGUGGAUUCACGACAAGUAUGACACUACAGGGGAGAAUCUGCGCAUCCCAGCAGCAGAGCCCCUGGAGUUUGCCCAGUUCCCCUUCUACCUGAACGGCCUUCGCCAGGCUGGUGACUUUGUGGAGGCCAUCGAGAGCGUGCGGGCCGUUUGUGAUGAGUUUAGCCGCAAGGGUGUGUUCAACUACCCUAACGGAUACCCAUUCCUGUUCUGGGAGCAGUACAUUGGCCUCAGACACUGGUUCCUGCUGGCAAUCAGUGUGGUGCUGGCCUGCACCUUCCUGGUCUGUGCGAUUCUCCUGCUCAACCCCUGGACUGCCGGCAUCAUUGUGUUUAUCUUGGCCAUGAUGACAGUGGAGUUGUUUGGCAUCAUGGGUCUGAUUGGCAUCAAGCUGAGUGCCAUCCCUGUGGUUAUCCUGAUCGCCUCUGUGGGCAUCGGAGUGGAGUUCACUGUUCACAUCGCACUGGGCUUCCUGUCAGCGAUUGGCAACAGAAACAAGCGCUCUGCAGUGGCUCUGGAGCACAUGUUUGCCCCGGUGGUUGACGGGGCGAUCUCCACGCUGCUGGGCGUUCUCAUGCUGGCAGGGUCAGAGUUUGACUUCAUCAUGAGGUAUUUCUUUGCUGUGCUGGCCAUCCUGACUGUUUUGGGGAUGCUGAAUGGCUUGGUUCUCCUGCCAGUCCUCCUGUCCAUGAUGGGCCCUCCAGCUGAGGUCACCCCGGUUGACAACUCCAGCCGCCUGCCCACGCCGUCCCCUGAGCCCCCACUCCCUCCACCGAUGACCCACCACGGCUACUACACAGGCCACCACAACCCGCGGUCAUCUCGUCAGCAGGCUUUCUCAGAGUCGUCGGACUCUGAGUAUUAUUCGGAGAUGACCACCACUUCAGGGAUCGGGGAGGAGGAUUAUAAGUACUGCGAUCGAAGCGCGUACAUAGCAUCGCACACCAGCGUUCCACCUGCAACAUCUCACAUACUGCUGGAAGCCAGCAAGAACCCCAGCUUCCCCAAACUCACGGUGGUGAAGCCAUUCAGAGAAAAUUCAACAGGCACUGGUGGAAGGAUAGAACCUUUACAUGAAUCUUCCCACAAUGCACAGUCACCUCUCGGGUCCCAGGUUACGUGCUGGGAUGUGAACAAGCGGGAGCAGCAGCAGGGCCUCCAGAGGCUCCAGGCACUGCCCGGCCAACACUUACCCAGCGACAGAGCUCACUUCCCUGGGAGGACUUGUCAAAGCGGCCCCAGGCUACAGAACAGCAGAGGGCCUCAGCCUAACAGGACUAAAGGGCCGAGCUAUAGCAAUAGCAGCUCCACCCUGCCGAUGCAACAAGGCUCCACUGGGGGGUCGGUUACCAUGGUAACGGCCACAGCUUCCGUGACGGUAGCUGUGCAUCCGACCUUACCAGGGGCGGCCUACCAAGGCUACAUGCAUGAAGGUUUUGACACGGACAGCGAGUCGGACUGUUUUGAAGCUGCUAAGAGGACUUGUGGUGACAAAACCAACUUUUCUUCAUGUAAGAGAGACUCUCUAGAGCUCCAGGACUUGGAAGCAACACAGGGCCGGACAGAGCAUCAGUUCGUCAAGACACAAGGUGGGUUGAGGAUCCAGGCAGCCAAAGAUUGCUAGACUCUCUCACACACCCUGCCUUCUCUCUGUGAGUCUCUGGCUGCCUCCCAGAGCACCUUGACGCCCACGUGGCGUUACAUGGCGUCUUGAACUCUCAACUGUACAUAGACUUCACACAGAAAAAGAGAGGAUUUAUUUCAAGGACAUAUUAAGAAAAAAAAUGACGUUUUAAGAAUUAUAUAAAUCUAUGAGUAUAUAUUUUAAUACUAAAAAAGAAGGAAGCUAUUUAAAAGAGUACUGUAUAACUUGGGUAUACUCUUGUGUAAAAGUUCAGAUGUAAAAGAUUAUUUGUUUUUGUGGGGUGGUUGAUUUUUUCCCCCCCGCAAUGUAUAGAAUAAAAAAUGUGCUAUAUGUAAAAAGUGUCCACAAAAAGUGAGAUGUUAUUAAGAUAUUAGGCUAUUGAACAUACAUGUCAGUGUCAGUGUUUGUAUUGUUGUUGUUAUUGUUGUUGUUGGGUUUUUUUUCGCUGCUACACUUCAAAUUAAUUUUAAGUGAUUUGCCUUAAAAAAUGCAGUACCCCCCCUCUCCCCCCUCUGGUUUAAGUCAGUAACUUUGUACACAGUAUUACGCUGUGAGAUAUUCUGCCUCUGACACACUGUUGUAUUUUAAGUAUAGACAUUCUCUGUCACAGUGUGCACUGUAAAAAAAAAAAAAAAAAAAAGA